CGCAAUAUCCGCAAGCGUUGGUGCAGUACAGACGGGGCUGGCGUAACUAGCUAGCUAGCUGAUUCCUUGAAAUGGACGUGUUCCUAAUGAUCCGGCGUCACAAGACGACAAUCUUCACAGACGCCAAGGAAUGCACCACCGUGUAUGAGCUGAAGCGGAUUGUUGAAGGAAUACUCAAAAGACCUCCAGAGGAUCAGCGACUCUACAAAGAUGAUCAGUUGCUAGAGGACAGCAAAACUUUGGGGGAUUGUGGUUUCACCAACCAGACUGCCAGACCUCAAGCACCUGCUACAGUCGGUCUGGCCUUCCGUGUAAAUGAUGAGAUGUUUGAGCAGCUGUAUAUCGAGGCCUUCUCCAGCCCCCCAGAACUCCCUGACGUGAUGAAGCCUCAGGACUCUGGUAGCACUGCCAACGAGCAAGCGGUGCAGUGAUAGCAAUGGAGGGAAAGAUGGGAGUGGGUGUGUGUGGAUUAACUGGAGUGAAGAAGUAAUCUAAUUUAAUGAAUGCGGACAUUUUAGGUAACCAAGCCUGCCCACGUUACCUUCAUGCCAUCACAUCAGCGUCCCGCCUCUGCCCCGUCACUAAAUUACUUCAGUCUUUUUUUAUUUUAUUACCUCUGGUUUCCCCACCAUGCGCAGCCCUUCUCCUUGAAUUUACUCUAAAGCACCAACUGUCACAGACGUUGAAGUGAUAUAGUUGGUUUGGAAAGUCUGAGUGUAUGUAAGCAUGUGUCUUUGAGUUGUUGUAAUUAUCAUUAGCAUUUUUGGGAAAAGUCAGAGGCACAGUUGUGUCGCAGCCAUCAAGAUGUAAAACGUUGGGUCAAAAAUUCAGUAUUUGAAUUUGAAAACUGCAUCAAUGAGUUCAGAGCAAACCACUGAGAUGUUCACCUGGUCUGAUCCUCUCAGCUUUUUUCCUCCACAUUAUCCUUUCAAACAGGAGCUUGUUUAAUCGGUUUGUAUGAGUUGUCAUUUGUGUUUCAUGCACUGAGACCAAAGGCAGGCCAGCGGAUGGAUGUUUUUGGUGAAAGCACAUUUGUUCUGUGACAUAACAGUAAACACCGAUGGAGAACUUUCUUGUGUUUUUACUUUAAUUCUUUUAUAUGCUUUCAUCAUGUCACCAACAUUAUUACGGUAUCUCUUACCCAUAGGCACACAAACAAUGCUUGUAACUGUGAGUUCGCUUGAUUAAAAAGUUUUUCCUG